UGUGUGCUUUAUGAAAACUAGAAUCUCCUAUUCUUUACUACCAGCCUUGGUGGAACGAGGCAGUWGUUGUUGUUGGACUCGAGUUCAGCUGGCGCACGCGCUAUUUGGUUCCACCAUUUCUUCUCUCCGAAACGAUCCCACCGGCGGCGGCGACGACCACCAUUUUUUAGGGUUUCGCCUCUUCUCUCUAUCGUCUUCUUUGAAUCGGGCUCGCAUGGAAGCUGCCAUGGCAAGUGUGAUUGGAUCUCCCGCUGGAGCUUUUGCACGCCUAAACUCUACCGGCAGAUCGGAAGUCUUUGGCAACGGACGUGGUUUUGUGCGCCUUCCGUCUCUGUCUCAUGUCCCUAUUCGUGUUUCUUACUCAAAACUCUGCAAUAAGAAAUUGGGCUCUGGAAUUAGGAAAAGCAUGGCAGUUAAAGCAUCCAUGGAUGCGGAGUCAUCUGAAUCAGACGAUCCAAUUGCGCCCCUUCAGUUGGAGUCUCCAAUUGGACAGUUUUUGACCCAGAUCUUGGUUAGCCAUCCUCAUCUAGUCCCUGCUGCUGUUGAGCAGCAACUUGACCAGCUUCAAAUCGACCGUGAUGCUGAGGGGAACAAGGAGGCUUCUGGUUCUGGUACUGAUCUAGUAUUGUACAGGAGAAUUGCUGAGGUCAAGGCAAAUGAAAGGAAAAAGGUUUUAGAAGAAAUCCUAUAUGCUUUGGUCGUACAGAAAUUCAUGGAUGCUAAUGUUCCCCUGAUACCUGCAAUAACCCCUUUAUCUUCUGAUGUUUCUGGUCGAGUUGACACUUGGGCUGCUCAUGAUGAGAGCCUCGAGCAUCUUCACUCACCUGAAGCAUAUGAAAUGAUCCAGAACCACCUUUCUCUCAUCCUUGGGAACAGGGUUGGUGACUCAACCUCAGUAGCACAAAUAAGCAAACUCAGAGUUGGCCAGGUCUAUGCAGCUUCAGUGAUGUAUGGCUACUUUCUUAAGCGAGUCGACCAGAGGUUUCAGCUGGAGAAGACUAUGAAAGUUCUUCCAAAAGCAUUGAAUACAGAAGAGGGUAUAAUUCAUCAAGCUGUUGGAGAGGACGUGAGACCCCAUAUUGGAGAGAACUCACCACCCGUUCCGCCACAUCCUGAAAUCUCUUCCUGGCCUGAUGGGAACGGCCUCGGGGGAUUUGGUCAAGGUAUAAAACCUUCUAGAUUGCGCAACUAUGUCAUGGCCUUUGAUGGGGAGACACUUCAGAGAUAUGCAACCAUAAGAUCCAAAGAGGCAGUUGGCAUCAUCGAGAAGCACACAGAAGCACUGUUUGGUAGACCCGAGAUCGCUAUAACACCUCAGGGAACCAUCGAUUCUUCCAAAGAUGAACUAUUGAAAAUCAGCUUUGGCGGUCUGAAGGGAUUGGUACUGGAAGCAGUCACUUUUGGCUCUUUCCUCUGGGACGUCGAAAGCUACGUGGAUUCAAGGUACCAUUUUGUUGUUCUCUAAGUUAAUGCCAUUCCUGCCACAAGUAUGUUGUAUUAAUCUGCGCGGGUUAUGCUGUAUAUAUUAUCACCUAUGUCUGAAUAACAUGGAGAUAGAAAUGUAGGGGGAGAGAGUUUCAGUUUAGGCCUUACAGGAAUUUUCACAACAUAUGUAAUAGGAUUUGUUUAAAAUUUCUUCCUUUUUCUCUGAAUAGAACGCUUUGAUCCAUUUCAUUAUCUUCA